AUGGCAGAGAGACUACGGAUCCUUGUUGUUGGUUCGGGCGGCCGAGAGCAUGCUCUUGCGUGGAAACUGGCCAGAUCGCCUUCGGUCGACGUGGUCCACAUUGCUCCCGGGAACGGAGGUACAGAGUCCGACAAUAUCGUCAAUGUGCACAUCUCCACCAACGACUUUACAGAGCUCGUCGCUCACGCAAGGAAGCAUGGUCUGAACUUGGUUGUUGUUGGCCCUGAAGCUCCUCUGGUCGCCGGUAUUGAACAAUUCUUCCGAGCCGUGGGCAUCCGCUGCUUUGGCCCCAGCAAGGCCGCUGCGAGAAUGGAAGGAUCCAAGGCCUUCUCAAAGGACUUCAUGCAACGUCACGGAAUUCCAACAGCAGCAUUCCGGAAUUUCAGCGACUACGAGUCUGCAUGCGCAUAUCUGGACUCAGUCAACCAUGAUGUCGUGAUCAAAGCCGAUGGGCUUGCCGCCGGAAAGGGCGUCAUCAUUCCCAAGACAAAACAGGAGGCGCAUGAUGCUCUGAAGAUGAUCAUGGUUGACCGAGAAUUUGGGUCAGCCGGCUCGCAGGUUGUGAUUGAGGAAUUUCUGGAGGGUGAGGAGCUAAGUGUUCUCUCUUUCAGUGAUGGAUACACUAUUCGAUCACUACCGCCUGCUCAAGACCACAAGCGUGUUUUUGACGGUGAUCAAGGGCCCAACACUGGAGGCAUGGGGUGCUAUGCGCCAACAAGGGUCGCUUCCAAGGAGCUUAUUGCACAGAUUGACCGGGAAAUUGUUCAACCCACGGUCGAUUGUAUGCGUCGUGAGGGAAUGCCCUUUGUUGGCAUGCUCUUCACUGGCUUGAUGAUCACUAAAAAUGGACCAAAAGUCCUGGAAUACAAUGUGAGGGGAGGAGACCCGGAAACACAGACCUUGUUGCCUCUACUGAGCGACGAUACUGACUUGGCCAAAGUCAUCCUGGCCUGUACGGAGCAUUGGUUGGAUGGUGUCGACCUGAAGAUUGAAUCCAAGUUCGCUGCCACGGUGGUCGCGUGCGCUGAAGGCUAUCCUGGUACUUAUGCAAAAAACAGGCCCGUCACAGUACAUCAGACUCCCGAAGACACAUUCGUCUUUCAUGCCGGAACAGUCAAAGAUGGAAAACAGAUUAUUGCAACUGGAGGCCGCGUGAUCGCGUCAACCUCAACUGCGGAUACGUUGGAAGAGGCAGUGGCCAAGGCAUACAAAGGGAUGGAGUCCAUCAAAUUUAGUGGGAUGCAUUUCAGAAAAGACAUUGCUCACCGAGCAUUCAAACGAAAGGCACAGGAGAAAGGGCCAGAAGAAGCUGUGAUGACCUAUGCAUCGGCCGGAGUGUCUAUCGACGCAGGGAACAGCCUCGUAUCCAGGAUUAAGCCCGCAGUAAAGGCGACCGCGCGCCCCGGGGCCAAUGCCAUCAUCGGUGGGUUUGGCGGUGCCUUUGAUCUUGCCAAAGCUGGCUACCACGAAAAUUCUCCUAUCAUCAUCGGAGCGAUUGAUGGAGUUGGCACAAAACUCAAAAUUGCCCAUGCGAUGAAUGUCCACGAUACCGUCGGCAUCGACUUGGUGGCCAUGAACGUUAAUGACCUUGUUGUGCAAGGAGCAGAGCCGCUUAUGUUCCUUGACUGCUACACUUGCAGUAUUCUCGACAUCGACAUUGCGAGUGACUUUAUCCGCGGUGUCUGCGAGGGCUGUAAAAUUGCUAACUGCGCUCUUGUUGGAGGAGAAACUGCUGAAAUGCCCGGUCUCUUGAGUGGAACGGAGUAUGAUGCGGUUGGUGCCGCUCUGGGAGCAAUCGACACACCUGCUGGCAAGAGAAUAUUACCCGAUGUAGGAAGUAUGGUUGAAGGUGAUGUUCUACUCGGCCUGGCUUCAAGCGGGCUCCAUUCGAAUGGAUUUUCCCUGGUCCGCCGCAUUGUCGAGAAGAUGCAUCUUGCCUUGUCGGACGCUGCGCCGUGGAACUCUGAAACCACAGUUGGGAGAUCGCUGCUUACACCGACACGGAUUUAUGUGGUUUCCUUGUUGCAGGCAGUCAAGCGCGAUUUGGUCAAAGGGAUGGCGCAUAUCACGGGGGGUGGGCUCUUGGAAAAUGUUCCUAGAAUGCUUCCCGAUCAUCUUACUGCCGAAAUUGACGUCUCUACCUGGGACCGUCCUGGCGUGUUCAAAUGGCUUCAAGAAUCAGGCAAUGUCAGCAACGAGGAGAUGAGUCGAACCUUCAACAACGGGAUAGGCAUGGUCCUUGUCGUAUCUGACGUUGCUUCGGGAGAGGUAAGGAAAAUUCUGGAAGCUCAGGGCGAAACCGUCUUCAAGAUCGGCAAGCUGGUGGACAGGGAACAAGCAAAAGAGGCUUGCAUCUUGGAGAAUCUCGACUCGUGGAGUUCAUCCAAGUCUGGUCCGCAUUGA